AUGUCUUACAAUAAACCCACGAGCCCACCUCCUUCAUACCCGUCUCCAGUCCACGACGCCGGUCCUUAUCACCAAAACUCACAGCCAGGCCAAGGCGGCGGCGGCUCCGGCGCCGCGAACGACUACUACGGCGGUCAGCCCCAACAGCAGGGCUACUACCCACCCCAGCAGGGCUAUGGCCAACCGCAACAGAGUUAUGGUCAACCGCAACAGCAGGGCUAUUACCCCCAGGGCCAGCCGAUGUAUUACCCACCACAGCAAGGCUAUCCUCAGCAACAGCAGGGAUACUAUGCCGAUAAUCGCGGGGACUCCGGCAGCGGCGCCGGUGGUUGUUGCGCGGGUAUCCUGGCUGCAUUCGCUUGUUGCUGCUGCUUGGAUAUCCUGUUCUAA